UCUAAAAAAACAAUGAAACCUAAAAAUUCAAAAAGUUUAAAACGAAAAAGACUAAACAUAUAUGAGGUUUGUUACCUUGGAAAAUUUACUAGAGCAGCUGGUGGAUAUAGGAAUGGAACACAAUGCAAAUUGAUUAGUAGAUUGAUUUGUCUAGUGUUGAUGAUGCUCGUUUCAACAACUAAUACGAAUAGAACCUUUUCAACAACGAAACAUAUGAAAAUUGAUUUGCACAACAAAAUGAGCGAUGGAUUUCUAGUCGAUUGCUCAAGUAUUUUAUUUGAAACAGUGUAUACUAUUGGUAUGGAUGUGGACUCCAUUAUUAAUGCAUUCGCUAAAUUAAAAUACCGUCGUGUACGAUUUACAUUGUAAAAAAAUUAUAAUCAUUAUAUUUUUUUACUAUUCUAAUUUUCUAAUAAAAUACGGUCCAGUACACUUCUGUGUUCUGGAUCCGCCGCUGAUCUCAAGUAUAUAUAUAUAUAUAUAUAUUCAAUGCAACAAGGUGACCUAUUACAGUUCCUAUUUCUAACCGACUAAGCACACAAUUAGACAAAUUUUGUUGCCAAAUGUAUUUGUUGGAUUCUCCCUCCAGUAGCAGCAUCUCGCCGGCCUAGUUUUUGUUCCUUCCGACUUGGUUUAUUAUCAUCACCACUAACUAAUGUAAAAAAGGUGGCUCUUUUUUGUUUGCAGGUACUUGCGGAGUAGCAUCUAUAGCCGAUCGACCGUACAGUAUGCCGGCCCGCAAAGGAUUCAGUGAUUUUUUUUAGACAAUGACAGACGAUAUUAUUCUUUGUUUUUUUUUUUAAUAAACGAUAUUAUUCUUUGUGUAAUCAGUUUGUGAAUAUUAUUUAUUAAUUAUUUUAUAAUAAAUUCGUAAGAAUAAAUAUUUAGAACCACAUUUUUAAUUUUCUAACAGGGCCUCCGAAAAACACGAGCCGGCCCUGAAAAGCAGGCGGCACUAGUACCGGCACGACACUAUAGAAUCUAGGGGUGGUUAUACGCUCCGGUCCGGUUAAAUUGGCCCAAAUUGAUCCGGUCCAGUCCGGUCUUUUUGAAAAUAUAAGGACCAAAGAUUGGAUUGGACACAGUCCGAUCUUGACCCGGUCCGGUCUCAAUUCGGUCUUGAUUUUAUAUUGAGUUUGUGGGGUGGCCUAAGGCCUGAAAGGGUGAGGAGUUGGUUAAGUUUUGUACUAAGUGCAAAGGUUUCUGACCGUUUAUGCAAACUACCCUUAAGUUUUCUUAUCCGGUCUUUAUCCAGUUUCGAUCCGGUCCCGAACGGUUUUUUACCUGAAAUCUAAACCCAAAAAUUGGAUUGGAUUGUUUACUAUCUGGUCCCGAUCCGAUCUCGGUCCAAGUUAUACGGUCCGAUUUUGGGUAAAACCAAAAAAACCCGGACCAAAUAGCCAGCCCUUAUAGAAUCCGCCCAAUAGCCAGCUAGUGAUCAGUGCCUUUAAAUACCGCAUUGGGAGAGCUUAAUUAUAUUAGACACACACACCAAACUACGCAGAGAAAUAUAGGUAUUGACUUAUUGUUCACUACAACAACAAUGGCUUCCUUCUCCACUUUCACCAUGACCACCUUCCCUCCCACUCCCACCACUGGCCGGAGAACCACCGUUGCCGGCUUAGGCGGCCACCGUGCUACUUUCCCGCAGCCACCCAAGAUUGUCUCUCGCCGCAGUGACACGUCAAAUUAUUACUUGGAGGUCGAAACCCUAUCCGCCGCCGCCACCGCCUUCCCUUUUCCGCUCUCGGGUGGAACCGUUGGUUCGACCGGUAGACGCAACUUCCUUCUUCCGCCUAUCUUGUGCAACAAGGCAGAUGAAGCCGUUGAUCCGACCAACGGAAAUGGCGACAACUUCCUUCUUCCUCCUAUCUUGUGCAACAAGGCAGCUGAAGCCGUUGAUCCGACCAGUGGAAAUGGCGACAACUUCCUUUAUCCUAUUUUAAUUUAUUUCUUCGGCUGAGGCCGUGGACUCAUCCGGUGGCGGCGCCGCCGGCUGGGUUACUGGUUUUCCGGUGUUCGGGAGGAAAGCCGAAGCCGUGGACAAGGCUGAAACCUGCCUGAGCCUGCUCUGCUUUCCAAGACAGAGUAAUUAACAUGAAAUUAUGUCGUAUCUUCCCCUCUUAAUUAGUCGAUUUUUCGUUUGUCCUCUUUGUGAUUUCUAAAAGUGAUUCCCAUGAUAAUGGGAAUACCAUAAAAUAAGUCAUUAAGUCAAGAUGUGUUUCCUUCAAAUUAAUUUGUGGUUCUUUCUGAAUGGCUGUGUGUUGUCAUAAUAUUAAUAUUAAUAUUAUUAUUAUUAUUAUUAUUAUUAUUAUUAUUAUUUAAGUUGAGAAAACCCUCGCAAACUACGGGAAACCUCCUCUCGUUCUAGUUUUUGCUGGUAAAAGUCAAUAACCAUCGGAACAUGUUAGCCCCUCAUUAUAACCUUUUACAACAGAGCGAUUUCUCGCGUUGAUUGUCGAGUUUGACCAAUCAAAAUUCAGACAAAUUAAGAUUGAAUUAAUGUGCAAUCAUCGUCCUUUUUACACUAUAAUUAACUCGUCAGUUUCGAACUUUGUCAUCAUCAUAAUUCACCAUUGUCAAGGUGUGGAAGGCAAUCGAAAAGGGCAGUCAUUUUCUGCAAUUAGUUUGCAUGAGUGUGCUUUUAUUUGGAGGGCUUGCUAUUUGCCGCAAAUAUAUAUACAUCUUUGGUUAAAGAGUUUCACAAUCUACAACAUAUCCAACUUUCAGAGAACGUAUUGAAUCAGAAAAAUUCGACGCUCGCCGGAAAAGUCGCCGGAAAAUCAUCGGGAAAGCCUAUCCUCGACAUAAACUGCGUACACGCAUCCAUUGACAUUUGACAUUUGACUCAUUCCAAAAAAAACUUCUGUUGACGAGCCCAGUGCCUCCGUCACCGGCCAACCUCCCAUCGCCCUCAAUCGUCGAAAAACAAGUAAGUUUACUUUUCCGGCAAGUUUUCCAGUUUUCCGGCGAAAAACACGCCCGGCCGAAAAAUUCUUUCGGCCCGACGGCGCCUCGGCCGCAAAUUUUUUUUCGGCCGGUCGCCUAACACGCCGCCCAAAAUUUAUUUUUGGGGAUCGAUUUUACUUGCUAUCGACGAAUUCAGAGUAGCAAAGAGGGAAUCUGGGGAAUUAAGGAGAAGAAGAAGAAGUUGGGUUCUCGGUUGGCAGAAUUCGGUAGGACUUAGGAGGGAGAAGGUAGGAAGUAAGGGGAGAUCCGGAGCCUGUUACUCAUCAGUUCCAAAUUUUAAUGAUAGUAAAAUAUAGCACCUAAUUAUUUUUGUAACAUCAAUAUAAUCACAACCAAAUAAAUUAGUUGCUGGAAACUUUUUAUUGCAUCUGUAACCAAAUUAUUUAGUUGGAAAAACUAAAGAUGAUUUUGCUACCAAAAUUACUUGGUUGAAAAUAAAAAUAAUUUUGCUACCAAAUUUAUUUGGUUGGAAAUCAUAAAAUUUAUUUUGCUACCAAAUUAUUUGGUCUCCUCAUGUUUUAUUUGGUUAUCAAUACAUUGAUUUUAAUAGACAACCAAUUUGUUAAAGUUUUAGCUACCAAAAUAUAAUUGGUGGUGUAAAGUAACCUUUUCACAACCAAUUUUAAUUUGGUUAUAAACUUUUUUGUUGCAAAAGCUAGUUUUUGUUGUAGUGUUAUCAUGGUAAUUACCAAACCAAUAAGCGUAAAUUCUACUAACCAUGAAAUACAAUAUCAUAAACAAACCGUCUAAAUAAUACAACUACAAAAUUAAA